CCAAGCACAACCGGUCCAACUGCCGCAGUUGUGAAGACGUGGUGACAUUAAUCGGUUAUUUUUUGUCAUUUUACAACGUCACAGAAACCUCUAAAAUAGCUAGGACCAACUAAAAAUCAAUUAUGGAGUCGAAUUGACGUUAAUCUAAAUAAUAAAUAAAACUUAUAUGGAAGAUAAUAAUAAAUAUUUGUGCGGCAUUGGAGUGGAAUUAGUUGUUUUCUGAGUUCCGGGAGAUGUCGGAAACUAGACGAAGUUCAUCGAUGAGGAAGUGAAAGGUGUGUAGGUGGAAGAGGAGCUGUAAAAUCGUGAUGAGGAUUGUGUCACGUAUUGAAAACGAGUACUACGAGUACCGUGGCACUUAUGGAGAUCGAAAGGGCCUCCUUAUCUCUCUUACUACGUUCUUGAGAAAAAAAACGACGCGGUGGCACGACGACUGGACUGGUGGCCUGACAAGACGAAAGAGACCGGCGUCGUCGUUGUGGUCGUUAACCGGCACUCAAAGAGAUCUUAAUAUUCCAUAAGGAAUUAUUUUAUAUUGAACAAAUAAAAUAAUCUUAUUCUGUAAUUAUUUUUCCAUUUUCUCAUCCAAGUAAUUGUUUAAUACAAUUUACUUUGUACUUAUUGCAAGGAGUACUUUUUUCAAUGUUGAUGAAGAAUUAAUGACAUUGUUGUCAACUUUUUUGACAUUUUUAAUAUAUUUUCAGAGAUUUUUGAGGUUAUUGUUGGAUUCAUGUGGUAAUAAAACCUCGAAUUCUCAAGGAUUUUAACAUUAUUACAUUAUUCAUGCUAAAUUGCAUGAUAGUAUGGUAAAAUUUGAUUAUUAAUAGUCCUGAAAUUGGUAAUAAUGCUAAAUAGAUAAUCGUGAAAUGUUUUAAAAAUGGCCACGAUAUUUUUCAGUGAAUUUUUACGGAUGAUUUAUCCUUGGGGUUAGAAGUAUUGUGGUGAUAUUUCUAGGAAAAGAAAAAAUGUUUCAAUUCAUGUCCAAGUGAUUUUAGUGAUAGAAAUAAAAGGUCAAUAAAAGUAAUAAGUCAAGAAAAAUUUUAAAACAGUGUUUUGAUUGAUGAUUUCUUCUUAUUUUUUUAUUUUGUAUCAAGUGAAAGUUUUUCUGUGAUGUGUUGGUCAUUAUUUUUUGUCUUUUCUUUUGCAAAAAAAGUAAUAAUAUUUGCUAAUUGUCGAAAAAAUAUUAAUUUUGGGUGAAAAUAAGUGAAAAGUGAAUUUUAUUAAUUGAUUAAUUAAAGUGGAUUUGAUUAUCAUACAAUUGAUAGAGGGGAUUUUUUUUAUUUAUCAAAGGUGUGGAAAAUAUGCUGAAGUUUUUAACGCACAAAUUAAGGACUCACUCGAUUAACGAGGAUCCGAAUCAAGAAAAGGUGGAUGAUGAUCACGAUUCGGGAACUGAAUCAGAUGACGAGUUUCAGGAUGGCAUUGGAAUUACAAAUGACCUCUCAAGUCCCAUGGAAAGUCCAGCAAGUCCAGCUCCAACUGACUCAGCAGUGCCAUCAGAUACAGAUUUUGGAGCACCACCUGCAGUAUUUGGCUUCGUGUGUGCGUCGAGUGAAGAAUUGGAUGAUGAAUCAAAACCUACUCCAACGACUGCAUUGCAGACAUGUAAAUCCCGAGGGUCUGAGCUGCUUCUUUCAACUUACAACGACCAGCAUAGCUCUGAGGAAGAGCUAGAAGUGAUAAACAGCCCGAAAAUAGUUGCCUCACAAGGCUGUAGACCUGCUACAGCACCAGAGAAACGCAAGUGGUCCCAAGUUAGCAGUGGAAACGGCACACAAUCACAUUGUAGUCAGACACAUUCAUCAGCAACACAACAGGGACAACAAACACUCGGCCCAGAAGCUAGUGGAAUUGUAGCCACUUGUUCUGCGCCGGUUAGUCGAGCUGGCAGAGAACCUGCUGGGUCUGGGUCAAGUGAUGAAGAGGUCCAAGGACUCUUAGGAAGCAAUAGCACUAGUGUAAUAUCACAACCGGUUCAAUUUCGUACAUCACCUCCUGUGGAUGCUCAUAAACCAGGGAGAUCACUGUCGCCACCUCCAAAACUCUUUCAUGCUUCGACCAGGGAUCCUAGACCACCACCUAGGCCUAGAUCAAGACCUCGACAUCAUUCACACUUCUAUCAUCAUCACCAUCAUCAUCAUCAUCAUCAUCAUUACGUAGAUACUGAUAUGGAUUCACUUAGCGCUUGUAGUCCGAGAAAACGACAUCGACCACCUCAUCGACAGCCUCGACCUUGCCUAGAUUUUGAAAAAAUGCAACAGUUAAAAACAAGAGCUGUCACUGCUUGGAGGCAUAGUGGAGAGCACGGAAAUGAACUCUCUGUAUUUUGUUGGUGAGAAUGGUGAACCGUGAGCCAGGAAUCAUUUUGAUUACUGGUGAUCGGUUAAAAAACAAGAACAAAAAAGGCAAUGAAACAUGAAAAAAUAGGUAUUAUGCCAUCAAUGUCCCUCACUUCAUAAUUAUUAAAAAAAAAAAAAGAAACAUUUUUGAAGAUAUUUUGUAAUUUCAAUAAUUCUGGUGAAGUGGAGACACCAUUGAACAAAUAAAUAAAUCUAGACAUACCCUUAAAAAAGUAGUAAUGAUGCUGACACAAGUGCAUUGGUGGAGUUGAAUGAUCUGGAAAAAAAAAAACAAAACAAUUUAUUAAACAAAUGAUGGACAUCGAUAACAAACCAAAUGGUUAUCAAUAGAGCCAGACGAUCAAGUGCAUAGAAGCCUGAUUAAAAAAAUGCAAAAAAAAACGUGAAAACACACAGAGAGAGGUAAUGAAAGGAGAAAAAAAAGCUUGGAAAUAUGGAUUAUCGUCAGACGCAUGCGCAGUAGAAGUUUCGGGGAGACGCAAUCAAGGUGUAUAUAUACAAUUGUCUACCUUAAAAUUGUCUACUUUAUAUAUACAUAUAUAAAUAUAUAAAUAAAUACAUAUAUAUAUACAUACAUAUAAAUACUAUACAUAUAAAUAAAAUAAUAAUUAUGGUAAAAUUGAAAAUAAUUCAUAUUUGAAUCAUAUUAAUGAAUUAAGGCCAAUGGGAUUUAGAUGAAUGACUAAACAAAACAAAAGAAUGUCGAUUCUUCAUUAAAAUUCCUUUUAAAUCAAUAAUAUCUCAUUUAAUGAGCAAUCAUCCUUUCGCCAUUUUUGUUUACAAAGAAUUCUAAACAGACUUACAAUUACAAUUUUUGUUUUUACCACAAAUUAUUAUUUUCGUUAUGGUUGUAUGGACAAGUAAGAAAAAACAAUAUGGCCGCAUGUAAAUAUGAUAUAAUUGAUAAUAAUUAUUAUUACUACAAAUAAUAAAUAAUAUUAAUAAUAUAAUAUUUGUAUACAAUAAUUUGAGGAAGAUGGGUUUAUUUAUGAUCAAUUAUUGAUAAUUAAUUAAUAAUUUAUCAUUAAUUGAUAAGCAUUGAAAACUUAACGUCUCUUUCCAAAA